UGUCAGUGUGUCAGCUGUCUUUGUUCUGAGGUGUCAGUUUAUUCAACGAUGCUGUCAAUGUAGGCGGCUGUUUACGUUUUUGUAGUUAUUUUGCGAUUGUUUCGAUAAUUUUACUAUAAUUUAUUGUAAAUAUAAAAACUUUUAGUCCACAAGUUUCUUAGUGGAUUUUAAUUGUGAUAUCUCAUUUAUUAAAUCAUGUCAGAUGUCAAGGGGUGAAAAAAUUCUGUGUUUUGUGUUUCGUGUGAGUGCCAGAUUUUAUAUUGUUUAGAAUUUCAUGUGAUAAACAUACGGUGUAUUAUUACUUAAUUUAUUGGAACCUCUCAUCACUUUAUGAUACAGGUGCUUCAAGGAAUGAGAACUAGUAAUGAAACAGUGCUAACAUAACAAGUGUUCUGCGGUCGCGGUAGCGGCUGAUGUGAUCGUGUUACAAUGAUGAUGACAUGGCGCUGGCUGGCUCUGAUAGCCGCGCUUGGUGCGUGCUGGUCCCUUCCGGAGACAUACUACCACAACCACUUUGCCAUUCAAGUUCUAGAUGGACCAGAACAUGUAGAUGACAUCGCUUUAAGACACGGCUUUGAUAAUCAUGGCCAGAUCGGAUCCUUAAAAGGAUUCUACCUAUUUUCACAUCACAAGGUGCAAAAGAGAUCUCUGGAGCCCAGUCAUGAACAUCAUAAGAAGCUUAACGACGAACCACAGGUGCGGUGGUUUGAGCAACAACGAGAGAGACGUAGAGUUAAAAGAGAUUAUAAGCCGUAUGAAGGAGCACUAUGGUCCCAACUAGCGAGGCGACCAGCAUCACAUCGUACGCGACAUCGUGCUAUAACACCAUCUCUUUUCCCUGAUCCAUUGUUCAAAGAACAGUGGUAUUUAAAUGGUGGAGCAAAGGAUGGAUUAGACAUGAAUGUAGCACCGGCGUGGCAAAAAGGUUAUACAGGGAAAGGCGUAGUGGUCUCCAUUCUCGACGAUGGAAUUCAAACUAAUCAUCCGGACCUUAAGCAGAAUUAUGACGCUCUUGCAUCAACUGAUAUCAACGGUAAUGACGAUGACCCCAUGCCUCAAGAUAAUGGAGAUAACAAACAUGGUACUCGAUGUGCAGGGGAAGUAGCAGCAGUUGCGUAUAACCAAUACUGCGGUGUUGGUAUAGCUUACAACGCAAGUGUAGGCGGUGUUAGAAUGUUAGACGGGAUUGUCAAUGACGCAGUAGAAGCCAGAGCUCUAGGUUUAAAUCCUGAUCAUAUUGACAUCUACAGUGCCUCAUGGGGACCUGAAGAUGAUGGCAAAACCGUUGAUGGUCCAGGACCUCUUGCAAGAAGAGCAUUUAUCUAUGGCGUGACAAGCGGCAGAAGGGGCAAGGGUAGUAUAUUUGUUUGGGCUUCUGGCAACGGAGGCCGACAUACAGAUUCAUGUAACUGUGAUGGGUAUACAAACAGUAUAUUUACUUUAUCAAUAUCUAGUGCUACUCAGGGUGGAUAUAAACCAUGGUAUUUAGAAGAGUGUUCAUCUACAUUAGCCACUACAUACAGCUCAGGAACUCCUGGUCAUGACAAGAGUGUUGCUACAGUUGACAUGGAUGCCAGAUUGAGACCCGAUCGUAUCUGUACCGUAGAACAUACCGGUACAUCUGCUUCAGCGCCAUUAGCGGCUGGUAUAUGCGCGUUAGCCUUAGAAGCAAAUCCAGACUUAACAUGGAGGGAUAUGCAAUAUCUCGUAGUUAUGACAUCUAGACCCCAACCGCUUGAGAAAGAAAGUGGUUGGAUUGUUAAUGGAAUAAAAAGAAAAGUAAGUCACAAAUUUGGUUAUGGCUUAAUGGAUGCUUCUGAAAUGGUAAAUUUAGCUGAACAGUGGGUAUCGGUCCCUCCACAACAUAUUUGUAAAUCACAAGAAAUAAACGAAGAUAAAGCUAUAGAUUCUUCCUAUGGAUACACUUUAAAAGCACAUAUGGACGUUACGGGGUGCAGUGGAACUGUAAAUGAAGUUCGAUUUUUAGAACAUGUGCAGUGCAAGAUAUCUUUGAGAUUUUUCCCUAGGGGUAACUUGCGUAUCCUACUCACAUCUCCUAUGGGAACAACAUCGACAUUAUUAUUUGAACGACCUCGAGAUGUAGUAAGUUCUAAUUUUGAUGACUGGCCUUUCCUAAGUGUACAUUUCUGGGGUGAGCGAGCAGAAGGUAGAUGGUCCCUUCAAAUUGUAAACGCUGGUAAUAGACACGUUAACCAGCCUGGUAUUUUAAAGAAAUGGCAGUUAAUAUUCUAUGGAACUAAUGUUGAUCCUGUUCGAUUUAGUACGAAACGACCGUCGGCUUUGGGACCCCCUUUCGGUUUCCCAACUGGAGUAGAUGGCUACGAUACAGUCGGGGAUUCUUUUUAUAAUACUGACGCGUUUACCAAUUACCAGAACUUUCCUUCAUUAUUUGCUGCUGGAUCUGAUCCAGAAAAAGCAAUAGCCCGUCUCGACGGACAUAAUAUCCCUUCAACGCAUGGGGAGAAUGUCCUCGCUGAUAGUAAUGAUAAGCGUGUCAUGCAUGACUGUGAUCCCGAAUGCGAUGCCAAAGGAUGCUAUGGAAAAGGACCUACACAAUGCAUCACCUGCAAGCACUAUAGACUUGACGAUGCUUGUGUUUCUCGAUGCCCACCGAGAAGUUUUGCAAACCAAGGAGGAGUGUGCUGGCCGUGUCACGAGUCAUGUGAAACUUGCAUUGGACCUGGACAAGAUUCUUGUUUGACUUGUGCCCCCGCACAUUUAUUGGUUGCUGACUUAGCCGUCUGUUUGCAACAAUGCCCUGACGGAUACUAUGAAGACAGUGAUGCAUCUGUUUGUCGGGCAUGCGCUAUGCAUUGCUCGACAUGUUCUGAUAGAGCCGAUGCUUGUACCUCAUGUGAACAUCACCUUGUUUUAUACAAUGGUACAUGUUUUUCGUCUUGUCCACCCACAACAUACGAAACUGAAGAUUAUUCUUGCGCUAGUUGUCAUACGUCGUGCGACACAUGUAUGGGACCAGGACCAGUUCAGUGUAUUACUUGUCAUCCAUCAAAUUACAUCCUUGAUGGACGCUGUAUUAACUCUUGCCCGAGUGGAUAUUACGCCGAUAAGAAACGGAAAGAAUGUCUAAAAUGUCCAGUUGGUUGUUCCAAUUGCUUAAGUUCGUUUUGCUUAAGUUGCGACACUAAUUGGGAAUUAAAUAAAAAGGGAAAAUGUCUCCCCGUUGGCAAUGAUCGUUGCAGUGCUGGUGAAUUUUCUUCUAGCAACGUUUGCCAAAACUGUAAUGAAGCGUGUGAUACGUGCUAUGGCGAAGAAGAAAAGAAUUGCUUAACUUGCCCCGCUCCACAUCUCUUGCAGAACUACAAAUGCGUGUCUGAAUGUGGCCGUGGGUACUAUCCAGAAGCGGGUAGAUGUGCGAAAUGUGUUCAUGGGUGUUCCCAAUGUGCAUCAAGACUUAAUUGUACUAGCUGCGAAGGUUCUUUGCGAUUACAAUCAGGGGCUUGUAGGACUUCGUGUGCUGAAGGGUACUACGCGGACCGUGGAGUAUGUUCUAAGUGCUACCUGUCAUGUCGUACCUGCAGCGGUCCAAGACGGGAUCAGUGCGCUUCUUGCCCGUCUGGGUGGAGGCUAGCAGCUGGAGAAUGUUACCCUGAGUGCCCACAAGGUUUCUAUAAAACAGAAGACGGUUGUCGCCACUGCCACCACUAUUGCCGUGAAUGUGAUGGCUCUGGGCCUCUCCAUUGCAAAUCGUGUCCAUCUGGCUUUAUGUUAGAUGGCGGGCUUUGUAUGGAGUGUCUGGGCUCACAGUAUUACGACAAAAGCAGUGGAACGUGUCAUAGCUGUCAUGAUUCGUGUAGAACGUGUUCUGGGCCGGGACAGUUCAGUUGUACCGGGUGUUCGCGACCUUUGAAGUUUGAUAGAUUAAACAACCAAUGUGUACCGUGUUGUUCUGAGUCUAACCAAGCUGCUAAUUCCACCCCAGCAUCGACACCCGACUGCUGUCACUGUCAUCCUGACACUGGUGACUGCAUAAACUCAUCCGUGGCGGGAAAGCGGCGUAUAGCGGAGUGGGGUGCCCUUCAAAGCGCCAAUGAUACUCCAGCAAAAACACCUCUUAAUCCAGGAAUGAUGUUGCUGGUAUUUAUCGCUGCUGGAACUAUUGUGGUCGGGCUUAUGGCUGUACAGUUGCAGUGGACGAAGCGGCAACGUCGCGACAGCAAGCAGGGAGCGAUUUAUUCGCCGCUCGCUUGCAGUGAUGACGGUGACGUCACAGUCUUUGCGUCCCGUACUGCCGUCCCUGUGUGCGAGCGGGACAGCGAAUGUCUCGAUCAUGAACACGAAUCACUUCUAGAACAUUCCACAUAGCGCGCGCUGUGAUGUUAGCUGUAAGUUAUAUUUUAGAAACAGCUGGCUUUCAUUACGUAUGCAAUAUUGGUGACAGUUCAAACUCAGUUUUGUAUGAUUUCAGACAGAGUGACACAGAAUAUUACUUGAGUAACAGUUCGAAGGACAGAAUGAAUGAUUUUGGAUUAGGUUCAGGUUUAGGAUCCAUUAAAAGUUAGUUUCUGUAGUUAAUGUUUCUCUUCGAUUAUACCAAAUUAGAAAACUACUAUUCUGGGCCAGCUGUUUCGCAUAAACUCUAGUUUUUUGUGUCAUCUGUAUAUACAGCUUUCAACUGUCAGCGCUAAGGUAACGUCAGAGAUUUAACAAUUGACAUUGAAAUGUCAUCACUCGAAUAUAUUUUUACAGAAUCCUCCUUUAUAUUAUAAUGUUUGGAUAUAGUUAGAAUAUGAAUACUAAUUAGGCCAAUAUAAGUACUCAAAUAUAGAUAGGAUGAAAAAAUUUGUACAGUAGAAAAUUUAUAUAUUGAUAAUUCUCUGAGUGAUGACGUCACAAAUUAAUGGAAGUAACAUGUUAUAUUUUAUUUGUAAUUAGGUGUAAAUUGUUAAUGAACAAAAUGUUCUAAGCGACAGGGCAUUGCCCUCUGCCGUCUACAAUGUGAUAUAAGCGCUUAAGAGGUGAAUACGUAUAAUCACUGCUGUUAUUACUAAAAAGUUUAAAUAUA